GCUCCUGUGUUUGUGCGGAGACUCAAAAUUUCCUGCUUGCGCUUUGGAAAAUGGAUGGAUGGGCAAAGAGUAACACUGGUUGCAAGUGUCAUUACGGAACAUCCGGAUUGGGUCCCGCUGCGCUUUUAUUUUGAAGGGUGCGCGUAACCAGGAAGAGAAAUGUCUGGUCUUUUCCCAUCCACGCGAAGUAUUGCAGAAGCUGCAACUUGCUCGCCUCGCAAUUUGCCCUCAUAUCCUCAAUAAUAACCAGUUACGUCAUGUCUUCCUCGGCACCCAUUAAGAUUGGAAUAAUUGGCGGUUCGGGUCUGGACGAUCCUGAUAUACUGGAGGGAAGAACCGAACGUUAUGUUGACACGCCGUAUGGAAAGCCUUCAGAUGCCUUGAUAUUGGGAAAAAUAAAAAACGUCGAAUGUGUCCUCCUGGCAAGGCAUGGAAGACAGCACACCAUCAUGCCAUCUAACGUCAACUACCAGGCCAAUAUCUGGGCACUGAGGGAGGAGGGCUGCACACAUCUGCUGGUCACCACAGCUUGCGGAUCGCUGCGAGAGGAGAUCCAGCCCGGUGACAUCGUCAUCAUAGAUCAAUUCAUCGACAGGACCACCAAGAGAGCUCAGACGCUUUACGACGGCCGGCCAACCAGUCCUCCGGGCGUGUGUCACAUUCCCAUGGCUGAGCCUUUCUGCAACAGGACCCGAGGGCUGCUCGUGGAGGUGGCCCGCACCCUCGGCGUCAAGUGCCACGCGAGGGGCACCAUGCUGAGUAUCGAGGGGCCCCGCUUCUCGUCGCGGGCAGAGAGCCUGAUGUUCCGCCAGUGGGGCGCCGACGUCAUCAACAUGACCACAGUGCCCGAGGUGGUCCUGGCCAAGGAGGCGGGUUUGUGCUAUGCCAGCAUCGCCAUGGCGACGGACUACGACUGCUGGAAGGAACACGAAGAGGCGGUUUGCGUGGACAACGUGAUGAAGACCAUGAAGGAGAACGCCAACAAAGCCAGCAGCAUCCUGCUGACCGUCAUCCCUCAGAUCAGCCAGAUGGACUGGAGCCAGACCACAACUUCCUUGAAAGCGAUGGCCCAGUCGGCAAUAAUGUUGCCCAAACAUUGACGCCCCAUAAAAGCAAAGGAACAUCGGCUCAGCUGUGGGUUUGUCGCCAGUGACUGAAAAAAAAUAAAACCAAGCCCAUGUCAUCUUCAGCAAUUUGAAUUGAGCUCCUGGAGCAAUUUGUGGUUUCAUAUCUCCACAAGUCAGGUCUUGUCACACUCCCAAAUACCAAUUGGACAUUUUCACUCGCUGUUAUUUUAGUGGACUUCAAAUUAGAUAUUUAGUCGUAGAUAUUUCAUGUUUUUAUAUGGGUUUGUGUUUAAUGGAUUAAUUGAGUGUUUUUUUUUUGUUUGUUUGUUUGUUUUGUUGACAGAGCCUUCCUCUUUUCUGGAAUUGUAUCCCUACUAACAUCUGUCAUUUUGCUUCCAUCCAUUCAUCCUGGCCAGUUUCCCUUUACAUAAAAAAAAAAAAAAACCACACAUUCUGUUCACCAAAGCACACCGUAUCAAGAAUACAUGCGUUGUGGGCGGCAUGACUCAGUGGUCGAGUGGUCAUUUCCCUAACUCGGGAGAUGGUGAUUCGAUCCCCGGCCAUUGCGACCAUGUCGAAGUGUCCUUGAGCAAGAAACUGAACCCCCCAGUUGCUCCUAAUGCUGCGUCAUCAGUAGGUAAAUGAGGUAAAAGUGUUAAGUGCUUUGAGUAGCCAAAGUAGAAAAGAACUUUGUAAGUGACAGCUCAUUUGCAUAUGCAAUAACAGCAUACUGUACCUGUAUAGCCUACAUUAAAGUCAUCUCAAUAAGUAAUUCCUCAAACAAGUAUUUUUUUUUUAAGUCGGCCUAUUUCAACCAAUGCCCACUGUCUAUUUUACAAUUUUUUUGAGGGGUGUUACUUUCAAUUUGAUGUUGUUUUUUUUUUGUCAUAUGACAGUAAAUCACAAGACUACAUUUGAAUCUAAUGCUGUGAUUCACUUUCAGUUGUCUUUCCUGCUUUGUCAUGAGUGUAUCAGCAAAUCAAACUGCAUAUUCACUCACAUGCUCAAAAGCAAGUCAUUAAAUGGUAAUGUUGAA